UUUUAAUAAAAUGAUGUUUGAAGGAUGGGAUCCGGGUAUUCCCGGGGAUUCAAGGACUCAAUCGGGUGUUUAUCGGAAAGAUACGAUCAUAAGGAUAUGGAUUCCAAAAGGAAUCUUGGAAAAAAGGUUAAUUGGGGAUUUGCAAGGGUUUAUUCGGGUCGGGACUGGCAGGAUUCGGGAUUCACCAAGCUCUUCGAAAGGGAUGCGGAAUCCAUAGGAUCUUGUACAAGAUAUUCGAGGAUGACUCAAAGUCAGCUUUUUGGGAAUGGCGGUGAUAUGAAUAAUGGCGAAGGAAACCGAAAACAACUGAAUAUUUCCGAUAACUCUGACCUGAUUAAGAGUUAUUCCAAGACCUUGAUAGGGAGGUACAUGAACCCGAUGGAGCAAGACGUCAAAGCGCUUUUGGUUACUGGUGUAGUUUUACUUGAGUUUUGCUAUCACUUCAGGUUAUAUAAUGGGAACAUUGGUGUAGGAGUUUUCUCGGGUAGCUGGUUAGGGAUUUGGAUCGAUUGGCUUGGUCAGGGUAUUAUGAGGCUUGCUCCUAAACUGGUCUCUUCAAACCAGUUACAGGAAGCAGAACUGGAGAUGAACAGGGCGUUAGGUUUCGGUUAUUUUUGGAAAGCAAGUGGUUGAGAGGGUGUGGUUCAAGGUAGCUGUGGAGAGGAGUGUUACGAAAGUUCUGUUCAUGGUUUGUUCUACAAAAGAGAUGGCAGUUGGCUUGGGAAGGUUAGAGAGGCUAUGGUACAAGUUUCUUGCAAGUUGGAGUGGGCUUACCUAUAGUAGGAUUUACUUUGGUCAUGGGAGUUCUAAGGUUUCCAGAUAUGGGUCAAAUGUUUUAAUAAUGGUAGUGAGAGUUGAGAAAUGUACUUUUAUUGACGUUGUGAAUUUACAUAAUCCAAUAAAAAAUAUUGAGGAUGAGUCAUCUAAAAUUGCAUCGUGGUUGGUUUCGAUAGAGUGUGCUUGGGAAAUUAAGGUGUGCCACUUUAUUAGGGAGUUAACUAUGUUAACUAUGGUUUGUGACGUUAGAUUCGAUCAAUAUAGAUUUAUAAUUAUCAUUAUAAGGCCUCAUUACGGGAGAUGGCAGUGUUGUAGACGAUGUGUUUUAUUGGUGCGAGUUAUUCAUGAGAAUUAUACUCUCGCUGGUUGGAAUGGAUUUUUAGUUAUACUUAAUCCGGAGUUUAUAAAAAGUUAUUUAUGUAUGGUAUUAGACUACGAUUGGUCUAGUGUUAUUUUAUUGGCAACACGGUUUUUCUUUGGUCACUUUUGGGGAGAACUCAGGGUUUCAUUACACCCACUUUCGCCAGCUUAAAAGAGUUUUUUAAAUGAGAAUAUUAAGUUGGAAUUGCCGAGGAGUAGGAAGUAAGUGGACGAUAAGUUAUUUAACGGAGAUAUGGCAUAAACACAAACCGGAUUUUUUAUUUUUAUCGGAGACAAAGCAAGAUUUUGGGCUUGUCCAGAAAUUUCAAGGUCAUUUCGGAUUUGAUAAUUUGGUCACAGUGGAUCCGGUUGGAAGAAGUGGUGGAUUAGCGCUUUAUUAUAAUAAUGAGUAUCAGGUUAACGUGUUAUAUUCAAGUAACCGAAUGAUAGAUGUGGAAGCAGUGGCUCUUGGGAAAAUGGUUUAUAUGACGUUUGUGUAUGGAGAACCAGUGCAAGACUUGCGUGAACAAGUGUGGGAACGAUUAACCAGAUAUGGAAUUUCGCGUUCAGAACCUUGGUUUAUUAUUGGUGAUUUAAAUGAGAUUACAGGAAAUCAUGAAAAGAAAGGGGGAGGGUUACGGAGUGCGAGUUCAUUUGUUCCUUUUAAUAAUAUGAUAAGGAAUUGUGGUUUACUUGAGUUUCCGGCUAAAGGAAAUAAGUUGUCAUGGCAAGGAAGGAGGGGUAAGGGCAAAGGGGCAGUUAUGGUUAGAUGUCGGUUAGAUCGGGCGUUAGCAAAUGAAGAAUGGCAAACGCUUUUUCCCUGCUCUUAUACAGAAUAUCUAGGGAUGGUGGCAUCGGAUCAUCGUCCUGUGGUGGCUUAUCUAGAAGAUAAAGUCCCCAAGAGGAAAGGCCAGUUUCGAUUCGAUAAAAGAUGGGUUGGUAAGGAAGGUCUUAUAGAAUCAAUCACACUGGGAUGGUCUGAUAAUAAUGGAGACACAAGACCGGGUGUAGUGGAACAAAUUAGUAACUGUCGCCGUGAGAUAGCCAAAUGGAGGAAAAAUAAUCCACCUUAUGGGAAGGAAAAAAUAUCGGAAUUACAGAGAGCGUUGGAAGAGGUACAAACAGAUGAUACUAGAACUCAAGAGGAUAUUAUUGAGGUGUCCAGGAAGCUACAAGAGGCAUAUAAGGAUGAGGAAGAGUAUUGGCAUCAGAAAAGUAGAAAUAUGUGGUAUUCAUCUGGAGAUCUCAAUACAAAAUUCUAUCACGCUUUAACUAAGCAACGAAGGGUCCGGAAUAGGAUAGUUGGGUUACAUGACGGGGAAGGAAAUUGGGUUACAGAGGACAUUGGAAUAGAGAGAGUGGCGGUUGAAUAUUUUGAGGAUUUAUUUACUACUACCUCUCCAUCGGAGUUUGAUGCGUUUCUCUCAGAGGUAACACCGGGUAUAACUCCACAGAUGAAUCAACGAUUAUUGAGGAUAGCGACAGAGGAGGAAGUCAGAGAGGCUCUGUUUAUGAUGCAUCCUGAGAAGGCACCAGGACCAGAUGGCAUGACAGCUCUGUUUUUUCAACAUUCAUGGCAUAUUAUUAAAGGGGAUUUGGUGGAGAUGGUGAAUGAUUUUUUGGUGUCUGGAGAAAUGGAUUCAAGGUUAAAUAUUACUAAUAUUUGCAUGAUUCCAAAGACGGAGAGACCUACAAGGAUGACGGAGUUGUGACCUAUCAGCUUAUGUAAUGUAGGGUAUAAGAUUAAUUCGAAAGUUUUGUGUCAACGGCUGAAGGUAUUGCUGCCUUCCCUAGUUUCAGAAACGCAAUCGGCAUUUGUGGCAGGGCGAUUGAUCUCUGAUAAUAUCCUUAUAGCACAGGAAAUGUUUCAUGGAUUACGGACUAAUGAGGCGUGUAAAGGCAAGUAUAUGGCAGUCAAAACGAAUAUGAGUAAGGCUUAUGAUCGGGUUGAAUGGGCAUUUAUUAAGGCAUUAUUACAAAAGAUGGGGUUCCAUGAGCAUUGGAUUAAACUAAUGGUGGAAUGCAUAUCAUCAGUUCAAUAUCGGGUUCUUUUGAAUGGCCAACCAAAAGGACUUAUUAUACCACAAAGGGGCUUACGACAAGGAG